AUGGGCGGGCAGGCGUCCACCACUGGCCCUGGGACGGGUGAGCCGGGAAAGCCACGCGUCCUGGGAUGGGCGGGAAGGCCCGCCACUGGUCCCCGGACAGGCGGUCAGGUGUCCGCCACUGGUUUCGGGACGGGCGGGCCGGGCCCGCCGUGGGUCAUAGGACUGGCAGGCCCGGCCCGCCGUGGAUCCCUGGACUGGUGGGCAGGGGUCCGCCACUGGUCCCGGGACGGGCGGACCGGGUCCUCCAUGGGUCCAAGGACAGGACGGGUGGGCAGACGUCCGCCGCUGGUGCCGGGACGGGUGGGCCGGGUCCGCCGCAGGUCCCGGGAUGGGCGGGCAGGCGUCAGCCCCUGGUCCCGGGACGGGCGGGCCAGGACGGGCGGUCCAGGACAGGCGGGCAGGCGUCUGCCCCUGGUCCUGGGAAGGGCGGGCCGGGCCUGCCACGGGUCAUGGGACGGGAGGGCAGAAGUCCGCCGCUGGUCCCGGGAUGGGCGGGCAGGCAUCCGCCACUUGUCCCGGGACGGGCGGGUAGGUCCGCCACUUGUCCCUGGACGGGCGGGUAGGUCCGCCACUAGUCCCGGGACGGGCGGGCAAGGGCAGCCGCCCUUGAACAGGCGGGCCUGCCGUAUGUCCCGGGACUGGCCGGCCGGGGCCGCUGUGGGUCCCGGGACGGGCAGGCAGGGGUCCGCUACUGGUCCCGGGACGGGCGGGCAGGCGUCAGCCACUUGUCCCGGGAGGGGCAGGCCCGCCACGUCUUAG